UUGCAGUAGUACACUAUUGGUCAGAAAAUUCCUGAACGCUCACGCGCAUCAGCCGGUGCACCUACCUUCUUACCGCAUGCUGCCGCUCAGUUACAUGGAAGAAGAGCAAGGGUGGAUCAUCAUCAUCCACUGACCGAAGCCCACUGUAGCCGCUGUUUUAUUUCCACACUGAGCCAAGUUCCUCUCUGUAAUCGCCGUACUCCACGCUGUUCUGUUAGCCGCUAAAGAUGUCAGUCGUCGGGUUUGACGUUGGAUUCAUGAAUUGCUAUGUAGCCGUAGCCAGAGCCGGUGGGAUUGAAACAGUCGCUAACGAAUACAGCGACCGAUGCACACCAGCAUUUGUUUCUUACGGGCCUCGGAAUCGCUCGAUUGGAGCAGCUGCAAAAAGCCAGAUCGUCACAAACUGCAAGAACACAGUCCAAGGGUUCAAGAGGUUUCAUGGCAGGGCAUUUUCAGAUCCGUAUGUGCAGCGUGUCAAAAACAGCUUGGUGUAUGAUAUUGUGCAAAUGCCCACAGGGACAGCUGGCAUCAAGGUGAUGUACAUGGAGGAGGAGAAGGUGUUCAGCAUUGAACAGGUCACUGCUAUGCUGCUGACCAAGCUGAAGGAGACGGCAGAGAGUGCAUUGAAGAAGCCUGUGGCCGACUGUGUUGUGUCUGUUCCCUGCUACUACACUGACGCCGAGAGAAGAUCAGUAGUCGAUGCUGCUCAGAUCGCUGGACUCAACUGCCUGAGGCUCAUGAAUGAAACAACUGCAGUUGCAUUAGCAUAUGGAAUCUAUAAACAGGAUCUGCCUGCUCCUGAGGAGAAGGCCAGAAAUGUGGUGUUUGUGGAUGUGGGCCAUUCUGGAUUCCAGACAUCAGUGUGUGCAUUUAACAAGGGCAAACUCAAGGUCCUCGCUACAGCCUGUGACCCAGAGUUGGGAGGAAAGGACUUUGAUGAAGCACUGGUCAAGCAUUUCUGUGAGGAGUUUGGUAAAAAGUACAAGCUCGAUGUCAAGUCAAAGCCCAGGGCUUUGGUCAGGCUGUACCAGGAGUGUGAAAAACUGAAAAAACUGAUGAGCGCCAACUCCUCAGACCUACCGCUUAACAUUGAGUGCUUCAUGAAUGACAUUGACGUCUCUGGACGUAUGAACAGGGGUCACUUUGAAGAAAUGUGUGCUGAUGUUUUGGCCCGAGUCGAGCCUCCUCUGCAGAGUCUGCUGGAAUAUGCCAAGCUAAAAAAGGAAGACAUCUAUGCAGUUGAGAUAGUGGGUGGUGCUUCCAGGAUCCCCGCUGUCAAAGAGAGAAUCAGCAAAUUCUUCGGGAAGGAAUUGAGCACUACACUGAAUGCUGACGAGGCCGUGGCCAGAGGAUGUGCCCUGCAGGUAUCUUUAGCUUUUGUUUUGCAGCUACUCCCCAACCCUCCAUUUUACACACACAAGAGUUUUUGCUUAACAAUUGUGGUUUUAUGGAACUGUGACAAGCCUUUACCUCCCAGGGACAAGUGGCCCUCCACCAGCGUGCCUCUCACUGUCAUUGAAGGGCAGACCAAGACGAUGAGCAGUCGUUUUUAUCCCCACGAUGUCAUCCGCACUGACGCCGUUCUCAGUCUGGAUGAAGACUCGGUCCUCUCAACCAACGAGGUGGAUUUUGCUUUCAUUGUAUGGCAAAGUUUUCCAGAGCGUAUCGUAGGUUAUCCAGCGAGGAGCCACUACUGGGAUAGUUCCAGAUCUCGCUGGGGCUACACCUCCAAGUGGACCAAUGACUACUCCAUGGUCCUCACGGGAGCAGCUUUCUACCACAGGUACUACCACUACCUGUUCACGCAUCACAUCCCGACCAGCCUGCUGACCAUGGUGGACCGCAUGGCCAACUGCGAGGACAUCCUCAUGAACUUCCUGGUGUCGGCCAUUACCAAGCAGCCGCCGAUCAAAGUCACGCAGAAGAAGCAGUACAAGGAGACCAUGAUGACCCAGGGCUCCAAGGCGUCUCGCUGGGCCGACCCGGACCACUUCGCCCAGCGUCAGACCUGCAUGAACGCCUUCAGCCACUGGCUGGGCUUCAUGCCCCUGGUGCACUCGCAGAUGAGGCUGGACCCUGUGCUGUUCAGGGACCAGGUUUCCAUCCUGAGGAAGAAAUACAGAGACAUCGAGAGGCUGUGAACGCACACAGGGAGGCAAAACUAACACACAGAGAGUUCUCAUUUUGAACCUUGUGAGGGAAAAACUCAUUCACGUGGACAGGAAAAUACUAAUAAUGCAGUUAACUGCACAAAAAGACAACUCGAUUGCGUCGGUGCGGUUGAGUUCAUGUGAAUGCAUGGACGCACAUGCAAACGAAGGCCUGGACACUUUGGAGGCCGUCGCGACCGCAGACGUACGAUAAUGUGUUGCAUGGUUUGAAAACGGACCUGAAAAAAAAGUAACGUCUUUUAUUUAUUUUUUUAUUUUCAGAUAAAGAUAUGUCUAUUGUGGCUAUCGGACCGAUCGGCCGUAUCAUAAUAUAGAGUUAAAAAAGGGUUCAAGAGAUUGAUAAGUUAUAGGUUUUAUUUAUGAAAUCCAAAGUCACUUUGAUGUCCAGAACAGAUACCUAUACAGUAUGGGAAGGAAAAAAAGGAGACAAAUAACUGCUGGAUAGGGCUGCACAAACAGCUGCUUCCCCAAAAACACCCACAGACAAUGGCGAUUCGCCGUGUGUACACUAUUGUAGAUUUUUAGCACAGGUUCCUGUCUGUAUGAAACAAAUGGAAAAAAAUAAAAUAAUGUAAU